AUGGAUAAAGUUCAAAAAGAUAAGAAAACUUAAUUUAGAGAUAAAUAUAUUAUAACAGAAGAUGAUUAUUAUGGUGAAGGCUGUUUUGGUAAAGUAUAUGCAUGUAAACAGAUUAAUGAUUCUGAUCAUACGUUAUAUUGUGCCAAAGCCAUACCAAUUAAUGUAAAUUAGGAUUUGAAUAAUGAAAAUGAAAAAAUAAUAAAUAAUACAAUUGCUUAGUUAAAUUCAAAUCAGCAUAAAUCAAUUAAUUUAGUGUAAAUAUAUGACAUCUAUUUUGAUUCAUCUGUUUUAUUUAUUGUAAUGGAAAGAUGUGAUGAAGAUUUAUCAAUUGAAUUCAAUAAACUUUAGGAAGAAAAUACUUGGUAUACAGAGGAAGAAGUAUUUGAUCUGAUCCAAUAAUUAAUUUCAGGUUUGAAAUAAUUAAACUCAAGUGUUAUAAUGCAUUAAAACAUAAAACCAGAGAAUAUUUUAAUUAAAUAUGAAAACAAAGGGUAAAUGAAUGAGAGAAAGAUAUAUAAAGUAGUUUCAUGAUCAUAUUUAGAUUGCUGACUAUGAAAUUAGUAUUUUGAUUUCAAAACUAACAUAAAAACAAGACCUGAUAAGAACUGGAUCUCCAAAUUAUACAGCACCUCAAGUAUUUGAAGAUGAUGUGAUAUAAUCUGAAAAAAGUGAUAUAUUUUCAUUCGGCAUACUAAUUUAUUAAAUUUGCUAUAAAGCUUAAUUUCCUUAUGAUUGUAGUUCAAUAAACAAAAGAUAUUAAAGUUUAUAAUAUCUAAAAAAUAAUGCUUUUAAAGCUCCACCUCUUAAUUAUAGUAGAGGAGAAUAACUCCAAAAUCUUUUAGAGAGUAUGAUUGUUUAUAAUGAAAACCAAAGAAUUUCAUUUGCUGAACUCUUUACUCAUACUGUAAUGAAAUGUAAAGGUUUGGAUGAUACUGUAAUUAUGAAUAGUGAAUAUAUUUAUAGUGAAAGUAGUAGUUUUAGAAGUUAAAAACUAUUUGAUAAAUCUAUUCAUUUAGAGAAAAAGAAAAAAAAUUAAAUUUUAUUGUUGUUAUAAAGAUUAUAAUUAUUGUUAGAAUCAUUUCUCGAUAAAUUUUAAAUUUGUCAGUAAUUAAUAGAAUAAAUUGAAGAUAAUGAUGAAUUUUUAUUUUUUAAAUUGAAUAUUUAUUUAAUAGGCAAUUAUUAAUUGUUAUAUGCACUUGCUUUAAUUUACAUAAGACCUUUAGAAUUACAUCCAAGCAUUUUAAAAUAUAAUGAUUAAUUAAUGCUUAUAGAGAAAUUAAAUGAAGCAUAAAAAGGAAUUAAAAUAUAUAAUCCAGAUACUUAAAUCUAUAAAAAUCUUUAGGAUUCAAUUCAAUUACAAUAUCAUAAAUUUGCAAAUUAAUCUAAAAGAUUUUAUAUUGAUAUUAAAAAGAGAAAAGAUCUUUCUAAAGAAUUAAAGUAGUUUAUGAAACAAGCAGUAUCUAGAAGAAUCGAAUUAACAAUAUUACUAGAAAAUAUUAAUAAUUUUCUAAAAACUUAUCUAAAUAAAAUCCCUAAAAAUCUAUAAUAGUUAUUAGAAUAGGUAGUUAAAUUUGGUAGUCUAUCCCCAAUUAGUCAUUAUCAAAAAGAUAUAGAUCAAUAAUUCCAGACAUCCGUAUAAAUUGGAUAAAUAUGA